UUACUCCCAGCUAGUGGUGCAGGACGGCGCCUCCUUCUCCAGCUUCCUUAGUCUGCACAAUAUGUCUCUGAAGGCUCGUCAUACCAGGUUCAGCGUCGACCUUCCCAAUGGGUUGCGCUUCCACAAGGCCAAUGUGAUAGAGGCUUCUCACUGGAUCUCCCUGGUGUGUGAAGACUUCACGGAGCAGGUACUCACCUGUAAUGUCACUCACCCGUCUCUGAGGCGAGGAGUCUGGGCCGUUAUCCAGAUCACAUUCAGCAUCGUCUCCAACGUCUCCUGGGCCGAACACAUCCGCCUGGCUGUCAACGUGACAAGCGAUGGAAAUGAAAACAGCAGCGUCACAGAAGAGGAAGUGCCCGUCCUGUAUCCAAUCCACAUCAUCUGCCGCAGUCUGGAAGAUUCCACCAAACACAUGGCGUUCAUCAACCUGGAGACAAGUGCAGCCGCCUCCCACCGAUAUCAGAUCCAGAACUUGAGGGUCAGUGCGGUCGCUAUAAAUGUCAGUGUUUCCAUGUGGACGGAGAAUGUGAACUGGGACUUUGUCAUCUUAUCCUCUCAGAACUCCAAUGUCACCUGCCCUGAACUCCAUGAGUCUUCUGCUAAUCAGACCCACAGUGAAAAGACAGAAACCAUUGCCAACCAGACAUGGUCUUGUAUUCUGGACGCUUCUGGUGAAAUCAGUAUAAACAUCACCGGACUUCUGAAGCCAUGGAAGGUGGCGGGCUCGGUGAAUGUGCGCAGUGCAGUGACCAUCCAGUACAAUCCGCUCCGUUAUCACAGCGACACGGGGAGCAUGCACCACACUGCACAGGUGGUGACAGAAGUAGAGAUCCUGGAGCACCCAGAUUACACAAAAUACUUGGUUGGGGGUGCGGUCGGAGGGUUAAUAAUGAUGGCGCUCAUCUCCUUCCUGCUCUAUAAGGUGCGGAGGUCACACGUAGUCCAUAUAGGGGUCGUGUAUAACAAUCACGAGUAUCAAAGAAGUAAAGAUUGUUCUAGAAUGUUCCAGGGGGCGGUCUACGGUGUAAUGAAUCAGAGCGGUGCUGUCUACGGUGUAAUGAAUCAGAGCGGUGCGGUCUACGGUGUAAUGAAUCAGAGCGGUGCGGUCUACGGUGUAAUGAAUCAGAGCGGUGCGGUCUACGGUGUAAUGAAUCAGAGCGGUGCGGUCUACGGUGUAAUGAAUCAGAGCGGUGCGGUCUACGGUGUAAUGAAUCAAAGUGGUGUGGUCUGUGGAUCUGUGGAGUAUUAUAUGAGGGUGGUGCGGUCUGUGGAGUAUUAUAUGAGGGUGGUGCGGUCUGUGGAGUAUUAUAUGAGGGUGGUGCGGUCUGUGGAGUAUUAUAUGAGGGUGGUGCGGUCUGUGGUGUAUUAUAUGAGGGUGGUGCGGUCUGUGGUGUAUUAUAUGAGGGUGGUGCGGUCUGUGGAGUAUUAUAUGAGGGUGGUGCCGUCUGUGGAGUAUUAUAUGAGGGUGGUGCGGUCUGUGGAGUAUUAUAUGAGGGUGGUGCGGUCUGUGGAGUAUUAUAUGAGGGUGGUGCAGUCUGUGGAGUAUUAUAUGAGGGUGGUGCAGUCUGUGGAGUAUUAUAUGAGGGUGGUGCAGUCUGUGGAGUAUUAUAUGAGGGUGGUGCAGUCUGUGGAGUAUUAUAUGAGGGUGGUGCGGUCUACGGUGUAA